AUGGAAGACGGAUGCCUUAUAGUGGGCGCUGGCGAUGGUACCGUGGAUCUGCUCGACGAAAUCAAUUGGAAGGGUGAAUUUCCCAAAGGCAAAAUUGUCAACCCCAGCAAACCGUUUUUCAGAGCACUCAAGAGCACUAAACUAGACGGCUCCAUAACUUCUCUGGAGCUGAUGGAGUCGCCGACCCUUCGCGGGGACAAACGCCUGUUACUGGCCGGGACACGAACUAGCGAGAUAUACGCUAUUAAUGUGGUCACAUUCUCGUCAUUGAUGGUGGUCACGUGCCAUCGAUGUGCCAUUAACGAUGUUGCAUUCCCUAGAGGUAUGUCUGGUGUAUUCGCGACGGCGGGUGCGGGCGACGUACGCGUCUGGUGUUUGGAGACAUGUCAAGAGUUGUUGCGUAUAGUUGUACCGAACUUCACGUGCUCGGCAGUACUGUUCAGUGGUGACGGAAAAUCUAUAGUUUCUGGUUGGAACGAUGGCAACAUAAGAGCAUUCACACCGUUAACUGGACGUCUCAUUUACUGCAUUUUCAACACGCAUAAUAAAGGCACGUCUGCGUUGGACAUGACUAACGAUGGACGCACAUUGAUCUCGGGAGGGUGUGAGGGACAGGUACGUGUUUGGGAUAUCAAACCGGAAUGCCAAAGUCUUAAGAAGGUGCUGAAGGAACACAAGAGCCCCGUGUCAGCUAUCCAGGUGUCCCCCAACGAUACUGAAGCAGUGAGCGCCGGUACAGAUGGAUCCUGCAUCAUUUGGGAUCUGAUUUCCCUGUCACGGCGGCAAGUAAUGUAUGCAAAUACGUUAUUCAUGUGCGUCUGCUUCGAGCCGCAGGGCUGUCAGCUGCUCACUGGCGGCACCGACCGACGCGUCGCCUACUGGGAAACCGGCAGCGGCAACCUUGCUAGAGAGUUGGAAGCGAGUAAAGUGGGUGCCAUCAAUGGUUUGGACAUCACCCGGAACGGGGAACUUUUCGUCACCGGUGGAAACGAUCAGAUAGUCAAGCUGUGGAAGUACCAGGAGGGCAUAUACACGCACAUGGGGCUGGGUCACGCGGGCGCGGUCACGUGCUGCCGGUUCAGUCCCUCCGCGCGGUACGUGGUCAGCUGCUGCGCCGCGGGCAGCGUCAUCGUGUGGCGAGUGCCGGAGCAAUAUCUACCAAAAGAACAGCCGCCGACAGAUCGCAAGAGCGUAGCGGAGUCUCCGAAGACGUUACAGAAAGAGCUUCGAUUGCCGUUGGCCGAGAAACCUGUGCAAAAAGCGUCUGGUGAUCGACCAAUCAAAUUGCCCGCGGCGCCUUCAAAAAUAGAGAAGAUAGAAGCUAUGGACACAACACGUAGUAGUGUCCACUCUUGUUGCCCGUGCGAUGCGACAGCGCGAUCCAACAAAUCUGACAAAAGUGGCUCUAAAACUGGAAAAUGCUGCAGACCUCCAGCCAGAGAUUUCUUGCCAACAAAAACUACAAGUAAGGAGUUUGUCAGCAGUGGUGGGGGUGACAGGAAAUAA